UAUAAAUUGUAACUUCCGCCGAAACCAGUUAUUCUGUGAAUAUAACUGAAGAAGUGCGAACGUUAUCAAAUUUGGAAGAGCAUUAGUUCGAAAAAAUUGUGCUGAUAAACGAACAAUAAUAGAAACAGUGAUGAAAAAACUUGUUCCAUUUACAUUCAUCCUGGUAUGGAUGAGUCAAGUGCAUGCUAAUCCAUGUGCCGGAAGGAAUGAAGGAUUUGUCGCUCAUGAAACGGAUUGCACUAUGUACUAUACGUGUGUCAACCAGGAAGCUUUCCCGUUCCAAUGUCCAACACAGUAUCCAAUUUUCCGAUUCGAUACACAGAUGUGUGAUGCUGGAAAUCCUGCGGAAUGUGUUAGUUGUCCAGCGGAAGGAAUCGAUCGCAUACCGGUGAAGGGAUCUUGUGAUAGAUUCAUUCUAUGUUUCAACGGAAAUCAGAUUCCUCAGCAAUGCCAAAAUGGAUUCCAGUUCGAUCCUGCAACGGGACAAUGCAACUUGGCAAGUGUUGUAGGUUGUGUUGCCGUUGAAUGCCCAGCAGUUGAUGAUCCCGCGCAUCCAACGUUCUUACCGCAUCCAACGGAUUGCCAAAUCUACUUCAUAUGUUUGAAUGGAGUGCCAUUGGAGAAUAGGUGUCCUCCAAACACCGGAUUCAACCCUUCGUCGAACGUUUGUGAUUUGCCUGACCUCGCCCAUUGCCCCGCAUCCCUGCGCUCCAAAUCGAGUUUCCUUUCCUUAGCCUACGACACUAAACUUCCGAAAACCAGUGCCAAAUGUAACGGCAAUAAAGGUAUCAGCUAUGUUCCCGAUUCAGAUGAUUGUAAGCGAUACUUCAUGUGUAUGAAUGAACAGUCUUAUAACGUAGCAUGUAAAGAGGGUUUGAUAUUUGAUACGAUCACAUCUAAAUGUAACGCCCCGGCUGAUUCUGUUUGUGUUCGCGAUGUUACACCAAAAAUAAAAGUUUGUUCAGGAAAUACCGGCCUUAGUUAUCUGCCAGACCAAACCGAUUGCAGCAAAUAUAUUAUGUGUAUGAAUGACAAAGAAUACAGUCUUACUUGCAAAACUGGCGAGAAAUUCGAUUCGGCAUCUAAGAAAUGUGUUGCAGAAAAAAAUGCUAUAUGCGCGGUUUCAGUUGCACCUGUACCCACAACGCUUCCAUGCCAAGGUAACACCGGUGUCAAGCAAAUUCCACACCCAGAAGAUUGCGCAGCGUUUUAUCUUUGCAUGGGUGAAACUGCCCAUUUAAUGAACUGUGGGCCGGGUCUUGUCUUCGACGUGAUUGGUAGCAACUGCCAAAGAGCGGAACUUGCUAUCUGCAUUGUAGAUGUACCAAUGCCACCAACGGCUGGUCCACCAGGGCAACCUGAGACUCCAGUGGACCCUCCUGUAGAUCCUCCUGUAGAUCCUCCUGUAGAAACUCCUGUAGAUCCUCCAGUUGAAGAACCAGAAGCUCCCCCGGUUGACGAAGGUGGAGAUGGCGAUGGAGAUGUUAUUAUCCCAACAGCACCAACUGCAGUUCCUCCCGCACCCACCGUUCCAACUGAACCUCCGAAUGUACCGACAGCUCCUACGCCAGGUCCCACACCUGCUCCCGUACCUACUGCACCAACACCUGCCCCUACGCAACCUACAGUACCUGUUCCUCAGCCCCCGGCACCAACUCCUGAACCUCCAACUCCUGCACCACCAACCCCAGCACCAGAAACCCCCGCACCAACACCAGCUCCAACACCUGCCCCAACACCUGCUCCAACUCCAGCACCACCAAUUUUGCCACCACCUCCACCACCUCCAGCUCCUUCUCCAUCGGCUCCUCUCUGCCCCGCUGGACAAGUAUUCUACGCUCCACAUCCCGAUUGCACCCGUUUCUAUCGGUGCGUGUUCGGAACCCUCUUCGAGCAGACCUGUCCUCCAAAUCAACACUGGAAUCAGGCUCGGGAAUAUUGCGAUCACAUUUGGAAUGUAAACUGUGUUCGUUAUAAAAGCUUAUGUUCAUAUAGCAGUAGCACAAGAAUUGCAAAGCAAGCAAAGCCGACUUCAACGUUGAGUGGCAAAAUGAUGCUAAAAUUAACAAGUUUUUUGGUUAUUGUUUUAAUCGAUUUAUCCAUCUGUUCGCCAUGUCCUGAAACGGGAACUGCCAUCGUAGCGGCUGAAAACUGCAAUGAAUUUUACUUCUGUUCGGAUGGAUUUGGUCAGCUUUUGACCUGUGACGAUGGUGAAUUUUUCAAUCCGGAUGCCGGUUUAUGCGAUCCCGACUACCAAUGUCCAGACGAUACGACAACAGCAGCUCCAGGAACAACAACAACUACCACCACUACUACGACUCAGAGGCCGACGACAACGCCGAUUCCACCGCCUCCGGAAUCCGGUUUCCUGCCGAUUGUGUUUCCAGACGAAGAUUGCCCCGAACAUGGCGCUGCCUACCGGAUACACGGUUCGGAUUGUUCCCUUUACUACUACUGCCGAGAUGGAAUCGAUCGUUUGCAGCAGUGUCCAUUUCUACAUCUCUUCAACUUCAUGACGGGACAAUGUUUGUUCUAUGUAGAUGCUGUGUGCUUUCCAAAUACUCGCGCAUAGGUUAUUCUUCAAAAG